GAUGGUGUUAGCUGAUCUUGGUCGGAAAAUCCGAAAUGCCAUCGGCAAGCUCGGACAGGCAACAAUUAUUAAUGAAGAGGAGCUCGAUGCUAUGCUUAAAGAGGUAUGCAUGGCCCUCAUUGAAUCGGAUGUUCACAUUAGAUUAGUUAAGCAGCUCAAGGAUAACGUUAAGAAAGCUAUCAACUUUGAAGAGAUGGUAGGUGGAGUGAACAAGCGGCGGUUGAUCCAGAAAACAGUUUUCAAUGAGUUACUCAAAUUGGUGGAUCCAGGCGUGACAGCCUAUCAACCCAAAAAGGGACAACCUAAUGUGAUCAUGUUUGUCGGUCUGCAAGGUUCGGGUAAAACCACGACUUGUACCAAGAUGGCAUAUUUUUAUCAACGUAAAGGAUGGAAGACUUGCUUGAUUUGUGCGGAUACGUUCCGUGCCGGAGCUUUUGAUCAGCUCAAGCAAAACGCCACAAAGGCUAGAAUUCCAUUCUAUGGUUCUUACUCCGAAAUGGACCCCGUAGUAAUUGCAGCUGAAGGUGUGGAAAAGUUUAAGAAGGAGAAUUUUGAAAUAAUCAUUGUUGAUACUUCUGGAAGACACAAGCAAGAAGCUUCGCUUUUUGAAGAGAUGUUACAAGUUUCGAAUGCUGUGAACCCUGACAAUGUUGUUUUCGUUAUGGAUGCGUCUAUCGGUCAAGCUUGCGAAGCACAAGCGCGCGCCUUCUCCGAAACAGUCGAUGUAGCUUCAGUCAUUAUUACUAAACUGGAUUCCCAUGCUAAGGGUGGUGGGGCACUGUCUGCUGUAGCAGUCACGCACUCCCCAGUUAUAUUUAUCGGUACUGGAGAACAUAUUGAUGACUUCGAACUGUUUAAACCCAAAGCUUUUGUGCAAAAGCUACUUGGAAUGGGAGACAUAGCUGGAUUGGUAGACAUGGUCAAUGAUAUCGGCAUUAAGGACAACGAAGAGCUGGUUAGCAGGCUAAAACAUGGUCUUUUCACUCUACGUGAUAUGUACGAGCAGUUCCAAAAUAUCAUGAAAAUGGGACCCUUCAGUCAAAUUAUGAGUAUGAUUCCUGGAUUUGGCCCAGAAUUCAUGACUAAAGGAAAUGAAAAGGAGUCGGUUGGUAGACUGAAGAAGCUCAUGACUAUUAUGGAUUCCAUGAGUGACACUGAGCUUGAUCAUCCUAAAGCUUCUGAACUGUUCACCAAGGAGCCAGGACGAGUGAUUCGAGUAGCUCGAGGCUCUGGCACAACGCAGGCUGAGGUCCGUGAUUUGUUGAGUCAGUACAAGAAGUUCUCGGACAUGAUGGUUAGGCAAACUAGAGGUACAAAGGCUGAGCCGAAAGUAGAAGAUGAGGAAAUGGAAGUGAUGGAAGUUGAAGCACCUAGGAAAGGUGGUCCCCCGACAUCUGAUCCGAGUUAUGAAAGGAAAUUCAUUAUUGCAAGAGAGGAUACGCUUGCCGGAAGCAAUUUCUAUCUGAUUAGACAUCCAAAGAAUCGAACCCCAUGCUUGUACCGGAUCAAUGAGAAGUAUUGUGACGAGGUUCUUUACCUUGUUGAUGUUGUAUCCAUAGGUGAAACUCACCGAUCAUGGUUUUAUGGUGAUAGUGUCAUAGCAGACGGAGCAAUUCGACUUCUUUCACCUAUACACCCACUUUUUUUGGUACUGCCUUAUUUUAUGAGUUUUAGGGUAAGUGUAUCUGUUUUGAUCUCAACCCCUUGACC